AUGUCGUCUGUUACAUUGUCCCGGUGGGACCUCCACCUCCACCGCUUGAAUCAAAAUAUUCUUAUCACACUUCGUCAUACCGCAGAUCACUGUUCCACCCCUGAUCCAACAGCAGACCCAAGAACUAGGUUUCCUUCAGUCAAACACAAAAGGAGCAGUAGAAAUAAAGAUGUUUGUAAUCUACCCUUCAACUUUAGAGGUGGUGGGGGUGUGGGCAGUGUUGGGCGUAGCUUAUGUGGGGGCGUCGUGGCGGGACCCAUAGCAGGGGCAGCUGUGUCCUCCUCCCCUCUGGUCGCUGCUGUUACCUCACUCCUCACUGGUUUCUGCUACGUGGAGCUGGUGUCGUGGAGUGGUCAGUGUUCAGGUCAGGUGUAUACUGUCACCUACCAGCUGGUGGGGGAGCUGCCUGCCUUCACCCUGGGUAUAAUCAACACCCUCUUUACUGCCUCCACCCUGGCAGCCGUCAGCAAGUCCCUGUCAGCUACGAUGGACUACCUAUCAGGGAGGAAGGUAGAAAGCUUCGUAGCCGCACACUUGGGUCGUCUGCCACUUUACAAUACCACACCAGACUUCAUAGCUGCUGGAGCCUCCCUCAGCGUCGCUGUUAUCCUUGCUUUCGGUCUUGAGGUGAGUGUUGGGAGACCUGGGGAUGUGUUGGGAGACCUGGGGAUGUGUUGGGAGACCUGGGGAUGUGUUGGGAGACCUAUGGAUGUGUUGGGAGACCUAUGGAUGUGUUGGGAGACCUGGGGAUGUGUUGGGAGACCUGGGGAUAUGUUGGGAGACCUGGGGAUGUGUUGGGAGACUUGGGAAUGCAGUGGGGGAGGAAUGAGGGUGUUUAGGAAGGAUCUAGGUGCUUAAAAAGACACGUAAGUAAACACUAGGCCAUAUGUAUUAGAAAACGUUCGGCAAUGGGACCUUGAUCACUUUAACAAGUAAUCAAGGCCCCAUGACAGAAACCUUUCCUAAUGUUUGCUCUCGUGCCUUUCUCAACUAAUUUGUCGGUAUCUAUUAUCAAAGUUUAUACCAAGAGUUGGGUGUUGUAGUCUCUCUAAACUGCAAACACUUGGGUAUUGUAUUAGGAACUGCCUUUGGACCUUCGUCAAUUCACCUUGGUCACAGCUGCAGUGACCAAGAUCCUAGCACCGACAAGUUCCCAAGAAAAUAUCCCAUUGUUGACAUCUUGCGUCUACCCCCCCACCCCCCAGAACCUCUCGGUAUCGCAUAACUGUUGUAUGAUUGCUGGAGAAAGGUUAGUGAGGCCAAAGUGAUUAUUACCUCACUGUUAGUGGGGGUACACACCUCUCUGACCUCCCAGGGUAAGCUUACUGAAGCUUAGUUAACCUCUUUAGCUAACACCAUGAAGUCAUAAAUGUGCUCAUGGCUCAAUUUAAGUAGCGGCUUUAGCUCACACACUGAGCACCCGGACGGGUGGAAACGUUGGGUAUGUUUUUUGACACCUGUUGCCCCUGUUCACCUAGCAGUAAGUAGGUACCUGGGUGUUAGAUGACU